GUAAGAUCGGCUCAUCGGACUCAUCUUACAGCUCAUCUGCCACCGUUUCCUCACGGACCGGGCCGACCCUGAGAGCGGCCGGCUGGGCCUUAUAAGCGGCUGAGCACUGCUGGACGGUAUCAGUUCUCUGCUGACCAUCUCACAGCCAACAUGCAGAUGUUCGUGGCUAUCCUGCUGGUGGCGGCUGCCUGGGCGGCUCCGUUUGUGCCCGCUCCGUUCGUGCCCGUUCCCGAUUUCAGCAGCGCCAUCUACACCCCGGAUGUGCGCGUGCUCAGCCAGCGGUUCGACCAGGUCCGGGACGGAGACUACGAGUACGGCUACGAGCUGAGCAACGGACAGCGGAUCCAGGAGACUGGACGUGUCGAUCGUGCCUCCCAGCCUCAGAGAGGAAGAAUCGAGCAGCGGGGCAAUUUUGUGUUCAUCGCUGAUGACGGCAACACCUACCGCGUCGACUACCUGGCCAACGAGGGUGGCUUCCAGCCGCAGGCCGCCCACCUGCCAGUAGCGCCGGCUCAGAUUCCCGAGUAUGACCAGCUGAGGCAGGAGCACCCGGAGCUCUUCUGGGCUGAGAACGCUGUGAAUCUCGGCCAGACGCAAUUCAUCUAAUCAAUCAUCAGCUCACCUCCUAAUCGUCCUUGGGCACCAGAUAGCAUGUCUGUCAUCAAAAACUCAUUAGAGACGGGCCAAGUCAACAAUAAGGUCAAGGCUAUUUAAUCCUCAUCUAGGUACAUAGAUAUUUACUACAUAGAUCCCUAUCAACUAUCUUUGCAAUGCUGUUUCUGCUUACUGUUACUGAACUGAUAAGUUGUCACCUGAAGGUGUUGGCAAUACAUUCGAUGCAACUCUUC